GUCUGGUCCAGGAGGCGGCGCUACAUGCCUCACCCUCUGUGACGUCAUGGCAACAGCAGAAGAGGAGGCGGCAGGCUUCAGUAUCUCGGAUGCUUUGGCCGUCGUCAAGGGACACGUACCUGAGGGCUACCGGUUCCAGGCAGAUAAACCCAUCACAUCGGAGACUCCAGGCUACAGGAAGGCACCAGCCAUCGGAGAUAAGAUUCACGCCGUGCUAUUUGUCCUGGAUGCCCAAAAGGUGUCAUCAUACAGCAGCCACCUGCAGGACACCAUGAGGGAACUACAGGCUGAGAUAUCAGACCUUGAUGUUCCUCAGCUGGUCCUGUUGACCCAUGUUGACCAGGUGUGUCAUGCAGUUCAGGAGGACGUGCAGUUUGUCUACAGGAGCCGCCCUGUCAAGGACAAGAUGCAUCAGGCUGCUGAGUUCAUGAGUAUGCCGGUGUCCUACGUUCUCCCAGUGAAGAACUACGCAUCAGAGCUGUCCACCAGCUGCUCUACAGACAUCCUGCUGCUCAGCGUUGUAGACACCGUCCUACAGGCCAUCGAUGACAUGCUGGACGACCAGUGUACUAACACCAGCACCACUUCUACUACCUGUACUUGCCCCACCAGUGCCAUUGACAACACAUGUAACACCACUACCACUGAUAACACUAAUGCAGUCUAACUGAUUGCACUCUGGGCUACCAGUGUACUAACACCAGCACCAGUGAUAACAAUACCACAACUGACAGCUGAAUUUCCAUUCCUGUACUUGUUGUUUCUUGUCCAUACCGUAUGCCCUGCCUUUACAGUGCAGUGACGUCUUUGACAUCAGUGACAUUCUUGUUAUAGUAGCAACAUAACACUAUAUCUGGAUAUGUUACACAAUUGUUUUUUACUCCAUAUGUUCCGUCUUAAGAGUAUUUGCACUUCAGUUGCCUCUACUUCACACACGUCUUAUCACACACACAUGGCCAUCAAUGACACGCUGGACUACCAGUGUACUAACACCAGCACCGGUGACAGCAAUGUCACCACUGCCAGCUGAAUUUCCAUUCUUGUACUUGUGCUUUCUUUAGCACUGAUUCCUCUGUCUUUGUUAUAAUGGUAAGAUAAAUAAUACAACAUAAUUUUUUAUCUCCAUUUACCACUGUAACACUACACUACCACUGUAACACUACCGCUGCCACCAUCCAACCCGUGCCAGUGACAACAAUACAA